UCUGCACCUCCACAUCACUAUGAGGUGAACAGUCUCACUGCGCAUGCGCGGAACUACCGGACAAGAUGGCGACCAGCAAUGGUGGAGGAAUGGAGGUGGAUGGGGCAGCCAGCCCCAGUGUUAUGGCCGCAGGGGUCACCGGAAGCGUCUCUGUGGCCUUACACCCUCUGGUUAUCCUCAACAUAUCCGACCACUGGAUACGCAUCCGCUCACAAGAGGGACGACCAAUGCAGGUGAUUGGCGCCCUGAUCGGGAAGCAGGAGGGGAGGAACAUCGAGGUGAUGAACUCCUUUGAGUUGCUGUCUCACACCAUAGAUGAUCGGGUGCAUAUUGACAAGGAGUACUACUACACCAAGGAGGAACAAUUCAAACAGGUCUUUAAAGAGAUGGAGUUCUUGGGCUGGUACACCACAGGCGGCCCCCCUGACGCAUCAGACAUCCACAUUCACAAGCAGGUGUGUGAGAUUAUUGAGAGCCCUCUCUUCCUCAAGCUCAACCCAAUGACCAAACACACCGAUCUUCCUGUUAGUGUUUAUGAAUCUGUGAUUGACAUCAUCAAUGGCGAGGCUACCAUGUUGUUUGCUGAGCUGACGUACACUCUGGCCACAGAGGAAGCGGAGAGAAUCGGUGUUGAUCACGUAGCUCGAAUGACAGCCACCGGCACGGGAGAAAACUCAACAGUUGCCGAACACCUUAUAGCUCAGCACAGUGCGAUAAAGAUGCUCCACAGCCGGGUGAGGAUCAUCUUAGAGUACGUCAAAGCCGUGGAAUCAGGAGAGGUGCCAUUUAAUCACGAGAUUCUUCGAGAAGCGAACGCCCUGUGCCACAGAUUGCCGGUCCUCAGCACCAUAAAAUUCAAAACGGACUUCUAUGAUCAAUGUAAUGACGUGGGCCUCAUGGCCUACUUAGGCACCAUCACUAAGACCUGCAACAGUAUGAACCAGUUCAUCAACAAGUUCAACGUCCUGUACGACAGACAGGGAAUCGGCCGGAGGAUGAGAGGACUGUUCUUUUGAGCUGACAGUAAGCUGAAGCAGAGAGACAAACAAGCACUGCAGUUUAUUUUUCUCUGUUUUGUUCGUUUUUGGUUUGUUUGUAUUUUUUGGUUAGCUAAAACAAAUUCUCCCAUAACUUUUCAAACCAGUUUACCAUUUUCAAACACAAGUGUAUCAAAAAGCACUUAAUUACACCAGUCGGUAAGAGAUAUGUACAAAAUCGCUCAACUCUUUCUUGGUCAUGCACAGAAAUGAAUCCACUGUACAAGAACGUUAUAUUAUUUUACCCCGUUUGUUUUAUUGUUUCAUGUCGCUGUAUGUAAUAAAUGAUCUGCUGAUUUUUUCAUGGGA